UUCUCACCGGUUUCUAUGAAAUCUCGACAGACCCUUGCGAAGUUCUUUGAUGAUGCAUGAGUGUUUUAGUGACUGACUUUUAAGAAAUAUGUUACGCAAACUUACAGGCGGUCUUUUCGAAUUGUUAAAAAAUACUUCACUUCGUUGUUACCUCGUUUUGAUUGUGUACACUUGGAUAAUUCCUGUUUGCAAAACAUCCGAAAUCUGUACAGAAAGUUCUCACAUAUGGGGCCCAGGACUCGAACCCAACGCAGUGUUGCCAGUUCGAUACUUCUUUAUUCAAGCAGUAACGUCAAAAGGAGAAAACUUCACCAGCUCCCCAGGGAAAGACACUUUCACAGUGAAGAUCAGCCCGCUGCACCCUAAAGAUCAUGUCCGCAUCCACGUCCCGCCGCCCCUGGACAGGGACGAUGGCACCUUCCUGGUGCGGUACAGGCUGUACGGCACCUCAGUGAAGGGCCUCAGCAUCCAAGUCCUCCACCGCAGCGCUCCGGUGGCCAAGUCACCGUAUCUUCUGCAAGGACCUGUAUAUCAUGAAUACUGCGACUGCCCCGAGGUGGACGCCCCCGUCUGGGAGGGCGUCAUGCAAUGCCCCGUCUCGGAUCCUCAGAUCGUGAGGGACCUGUCCUCCUUCCCCGCCGUCGACCUGGGCUACCUGCGUCAGGAGGUCCCCCGCAGGUUCUCCAACAGAGGGGGGCUCAUCCACUACGCCGUCCUGGGGAACCAGGUGUACCGCCGCUCCCUCGGCAAGUACACCGACUUCAAGAUGUUCUCCGACGAGAUCCUGCUCUCGCUGGCCAGGAAGGUGCGUUUACCUGACGUGGAGUUCUACAUCAACGUUGGAGACUGGCCGAUGGAAAAGAGGGCAGUGGGUGCCGAUCCUGGGCCGGUUCCCAUCCUCUCCUGGUGUGGCUCAGAGGACACCCGGGACAUAGUGCUGCCCACGUACGACGUCACCCACUCCACCCUGGAGGCCAUGCGAGGGGUGACCAACGACCUGCUGUCAGUUCAGGGCAACACAGGGCCUCCCUGGGGGAACAAAACGGAGCAGGCUUUCUUCCGCGGUCGGGACAGCCGUGAGGAGCGGCUCUACCUGGCCUCCCUGUCCAAGGAGCACCCGGAGCUGCUGGACGCCGGGAUCACUGGCUGGUUCUUCUUCAGGGAUCGGGAGAAGGAGAUUGGAAAAGCACCGCUUGUUGGAUUCUUUGACUUCUUCAAGUACAAGUACCAGGUGAACGUUGACGGGACGGUGGCCGCGUACAGGUUUCCUUACCUGAUGCUGGGCAACAGUCUGGUGCUCAAACAGAGGUCUCCGUACUACGAGCACUUCUACGUCCACCUGCGACCGGGCGUGCACUACGUUCCUGUGCAGAGAGACCUUUCCGACCUGGUGGAGAAGAUCGAAUGGGCCAAAAGCAACGACGCAGAAGUGAAGGAGAUGGCGAGGCGGGGCCAGGCUGCAGUCCGCCAGCUGCUGCAGCCCAACAGGCUGUACUGUUAUUAUUACAAAGUGCUGGAGAUGUACUCCAAGCGCCAGACCAGUAGACCCACACUCCACCCGGACAUGGAGCUGGUAGCCAUGACCGAGGACCUCGCCGCUGCUGCUUGCACAUGUGAGAGGAAGAAGGUGGUGGAGGACCGACCCACCAUGGCCAAAGUAGAGCUGUAGCAGAAAUAGUCUCCCGCCCUUUUGUAAUAAUAAUAAUAAUAAUCUCUGUAUUCAAAGCUCUGAUGUUGAAACCUUUCUACCACAUGUUGUUGUCUUCAUAAUUACAUGUAGCUGGACAGUAACUCGUGGAGACACCAAUGUGAUGGCCUUGUUAUAGACCUGCUCGGGGUCGGGGCCAGCUUGAUUCGGUCUGCUAUGGAGGAACACACGGAUUCUCAAACCUCUGCACAACAACCGCUGCUGAAUAACCGCACACCACCCCCCCUCUCAGACCCCCACAAAUUGUACGCUACAGCUCCGCUUUUUCCAAGGAUGCAUACUUACAACUAGCCUCUGGGAACCAGAGGAGUCUUGCAAGCUCAUGUUUCAUCUGCUCGGCAGAUAAGGUCUGGCUCCCCUCCCAUACAAAAGGAUUUCUGCCCGGUAGGAGAUAGAGUGACCAAUCACAACCGUUUAUCUACUAAUGAGGUGGAAAAUACCAGGUUGGUUCCAUAGAGGUAAUUUCAACCACAACAAAGAUGGCUACCGCUGCAUCACUAGAACAAGAAGCAUUUUAGUUUAAAUGCACCAGUGGGAAAAGGGCAAAUGCAAAAGAAACUAAGCCCCAUUGAAAUGUUUGAGUUCAGGGGUUCAAAAACUUCAAUGACUUGACCCAACUGUGAAGGUUUUUAUGUUCAUUGGAGUGUGUGAGUAUUUGUCCAAGUUUCAGACUUAGGGAAUAAUUAAUUCCCCGAGUCUGUUUUAAUUAAAUGUUCGUGUGUGCCUCACUACAUUAUCAUGGCAACCAAUGGUAUUUUAAAGAACUACUCUUUCAACAUAAAACCACUAUACCCCCUUUACCGGAUCAUAGUUGUCUCGGUGACGAAGCGAAGAGGGCUGUUGAUUAUCAGCUCUGGAGAAAUAGCUUCAGGCGAGGAACUUUUAUUUGCAUGCAUUGUAGGAUAUAACAUCGAAUGGAUAUUUCCAUGGAAACGUAAUAUAAUCAUGCCAUUGAAAAAGAGUAUAGCAGGUUGUUGGCUCUCCAGACCCAGGUGGAUGGUGGAUGGUGGUCUCCAUGGAAACCCUAAAAUACAUCUCACGUUUGGGAGGCAAUUCUCAUUAAACUGCCGCGGAAUAACCUUCUUUAAUAGGUCAAUGGGAAUAACUUGGGAGAGUUUGCCGUACCUGUCGUAUCAACUGGUACUUUAACUUUGUAGGACAAAAUGCUAUUAUUUUCAAACUGUCUCUAAAUAAAAUGUUUGCUUAAUUGCAA